UAUUAAACGUGAUAACUGUCAAUGUUUGCUUUUUUGAUAAAUUAAAACUAUUUAGUAUGAAAUUUCUAAAAUUAUUUAUAUACGCGACGUAUAGCAUUUAUUUAUAGAUAAUGUUGACAUUCGAAAGUUAUAUUGUAAGAUAGUUGAACUUGCAUUUUUGUGCUAAUGGUUCAAAGUAUGGGUCAGAAUUCGAGCUUACCAAAGGGUAGGAGGAAGUCCCUGCGGUCUUUCACUAAAAGGUCAUCCUCUAAGAACAGGACAUUGAGUCAUACGUUCACGAUAAAUGAAAACGACGAAAGAAUAGAUCGAUUAAAUAUAAAUAUAGCCAGUGAAGAGGAAUUGAUGACCUUAGAUGGGGUAAAUAGAGAAAUAGCAAAAAGUAUAGUUGAACACAGGAAAGCGAUAGGUAGAUUCCGCAAAGUGGAAGAUUUAGCUGUAGUUCGAGGCAUUGGUGCUGAUAAAUUGCAAAAAUUAAGACCAGAAAUAUGUGUGAGUUCAAGAAGAAGUCAAAGUUACACUUCAUCUAGAGCUCAAAGUUAUGAUAGUCUAAGAAGUUCUGAAUCUAGAUUGACUUUAAAAUCUAACAAGCUUGUAAAUAUAAAUAAAGCUAGUGUUUUCGAACUGCAAACUGUUAACGGAAUUACCCAAGAAAUUGCUGCUGCUAUUUUGCACCAUAGGAUGAAGAAGGGGAAAUUUAGACAGGUCGACGAUCUAAUAAAAGUAAAAUGUCUGGACAACUUCCACUUGGCCAUGAUCGGCCGCUACCUGACCACCGAGGACGAAGACGACUCGUCCGAAAUUGAAGAAACGCGACCGGGUAUCCUUACCAAUGGCUACACGAUGCCGAAUCAGAGCAACGCAAAACCUAACGGCUUACCCCAACGGUUGUCCAUCAGAAACGGCCUCACCAACUCGAACGCCAUCGACAUAUUCGAAUUGCUGUCGGCUUAUUCUCCCAGACCUGUCGUGAGAGAGGUGUUCAAUUUUACCAGGAACGAGGAACCUGCUCUGCGGGUGGCCUCCUGGAAUUUGCAAGACUUUUCUUACGAAAAAGCAGGGAAUCUGGGAGUGAAGGAGGUCGUUUGCAGGACUAUCUUAGAAAAUGGAUUUUCUAUAAUAGCCAUUCAAGACAUACUAAAUGUAACAGCUUUAAGAAUAAUUUGCGACGAACUUAACAACCCGAAAUUGCAGAGGGUGAAAGAAUGGGGAAAAACUAACCACCAUCAUUGGAAUUUUUGCAUGCUGGACCUGCACAAUUCCAAAUUGGGAUUUGUAUACGAUUCAGAUGGCGGUAUGCCAGUCGAUUUGUUGUCUUUGAGCGAAGGCCCGACCGACACGAAGGGUGAGUGCGAAGCGCUGGUCGCUUCGUUUAAAGUGGGCAAUUCUAAUCUGCAAUUAGUUAACCUUAUGUUGAACCAAAGUACAAAUUUGGACGUUUUGAGCCAAAAGUUCAAGGAAUUGACGUCGGAGAGUGACUUACUUAUGGUAUUCGUUGAUUAUACUGAUGUGGGGAUGUUGACAGAUGAUCAUUUCAACAUGGGUAACCUCAAACCAGUCUUCUCCCAAAACUCUAGCACAACAUUCGUCCAUCCCCCUGCAUCCGGUUCGAGUUUCCACACUGCGAACAUCUUAUACAAUCCCAGAGUACUGAAACAACUGACAGGCGUCAGCGGCGUUGUGAAACAAGGUCUCGUGCACCUCGCGAUACCUAACGGCUGGUCGUGGGGCGGGCCGGCCAGCCAUUAUUGCCCCAUUUACGUGGAACUGUUUGCCAAUUCCUCCAACGACGUAGUCGCUUUGUGAUAUUUAGUUUUAUUUAGCCUGGUUUUAGCGAUUUUUGAUCAUGUUACUGAGACCAUUUUGGAGUAUUGAUGGUCAUUAGAAAAAUUUAUAUUUAUUAUGAAGAAGUAGCGUGAGAACAUGUAUUAGCAAAAUAUGUUGCUAGAAAUGAUCCCAGAGAAAAAUCUUUCUUUUGAAGUAUUUUCAAUAACUGUGAGAAACAUAAAUUUCAAACGUCAAAAUGUUUGGAAUCAUUCAAAACAUUGCUUAAUAUAUUGAUUUAUUAAAUAUAUAAAAUACUGUAUACCUAAUGGUUCCUCUGUAUUCUACUGGUUUUUGUAUUUAUCAUCUAACAAUGCAGCUAUCUGUACAAGACAAUGCAUUGUCUGCUGCUUGACAACACACCAUUAACAUAAAUCAACGAAUUUAUCAACAAAAUGAAAAAAAAAGCAAUGAAAUAGUUGUGAAAAUUGAGAAAUUUUUUCCUGUCCAAUUUUAUUUGACUUUCUAUGACACUUCUUCACCUAGUGUAGAGGUAUAGAAUUAAUUUGAGUACUAGAUUUUGAGAACAAAUCAAUCAAAACUGACAUACAUAUCUAAGGGGAAUAGCCCACCAGAAGCCUCUUGUACAUUGAUUAAACAUUGCUCUGGUUUUCUUAAGCACACUUAAUAUUACAAAAAGAGUUCAAACAGAAUCAUUUUUUUGUAUUAUAAUUAUAGCUUAGAAUUUUUUCAUUUAGGCAAAAAUACCAAAAUUGUGCCAAAAAUUAAGAAUGAAAAAAUAUAAUUAAAAGAAGGCAACUAAAUGUACAUUGUAAAAUAAUAUUAGGUAAUUAGAAAAAUGUUUGUGUAAAUUUUAGUCAAAUUUAAAUGGUAUGUAUAUAUACCAAAAAUAAAAGAGCUCUAUGUGCA